GGCAGAGGGAGGAAGAUGCUGUACUUUGCAUCUCUGUGCAAAGGAGCAGAGGCAUGUGCAGAAGAAGAGAAGUCGGGUGCUCUGCAUCGAUGGAAGAGAAGGAGACCAAGAGGGGGCAAAGGCAAAGGGCUUGCAGCAGUUACUUUGUGGGCGCUGCCUCCGGCAGUCUCUCCACCCUGGCAACCUUCCCCAUUUACAAGACCAUCUUCCGCCAGCAAUUGCACGCCUUCUCCAUCACUGAAGCAGUGUGCCAGCUGUACCACGAGGGCUUCUACCGAAUCUAUCGUGGCGUCUUUCCACCCCUCGUGGUCAAGACGCUGCAAGGAACGUUGAUGUUUGGCACCUACCACAGCUUCUACGGCUUCCUCUCGACUCAGCCAUUGGGGUCCGGCUCCCGGAGAGCCAUAGCUGGGCUGUUUUCUGGCUUCUUAGAAGGCUUGGUUUUCUGUCCCUUCGAGAGGGUGCAGAAUGUGCUCCAGGAUGGGAGGAAGGUCCAGAUGUUCCCCACCACACGUCACAUCCUGACCACCUUCCAUUCCUACCCUCUCGGGGAGAGCUUCAGCGUGGGCUUCUACCGAGGCCUCGGGCUGAUCCUGAUCCGCAACGGCCUGGGGACCUCCCUCUAUUUUGCCUUGGAGGAGCCCCUCCGGAGCAGCUUCUCCACACAGAGCUUGCCUGUUGGAAUCCCAGCCUUUCUAUCAGGUAGCAUUAGUGGCACGUUGGUGUCCCUGCUGCUCUACCCUCUUGGCAUCCUCAUUGCCAAUGUGCAGUCCCAAGUGGGAAAGCAGGAAACCCUCGGCCUCUUGGCCACCAUGACUCAGGUCUGGCAGGCCCGGGGAAGGAAAGCCCGGCUGCUGUACAGGGGCGGAUCUCUCCUCAUUCUCCGUUCAAGCCUCACCUGGGGACUCACAACUGCCAUCUACCAGUUCCUGUCCAAGGUUACAAGCUAAGGACUGGUUGUGAAGGGCGGGCAGGAGGGAGCAACUGACAAACAUGGUAUAAGUGGAGAAAGUGACAACCAGAAGGAAAGGAGAAUUGCCCCACACGCAGGCAUGGGAACUGAAUGGUAUUGAAGCACAGAGCAAAUUCAGACUUGGGGGAUUUGGUUCAGUUGGAAACAUUGUAGAAAUCUGAAGGUUGCAAGCACAUCUGGACCAAGUUGACUUCACUGGAGCUCCAGAAAACUGCUGGAUCUCAAUGGGCCCGCAGAAAACAUCUUUUACUUUCCUGCAGGGCCUGGGGGCGGAGGGGGAGAAAUCAUGAUUUCUGCUCUUACAUGCAUGUUGCAAGCCAGACAUCACUGCAGAAUUAAACCCCAAUAAAUAUACUGGGGUGCAUUAUUUGUAACCCUAAUGUCAAUUUGUGAAUGAAUCUCAGGCUU